UUUCCUUACGCGUCGCCGCCCGAGCAGUUUUGCGCUGCGCCUGCCGCUGCUCGGGGCCAUGGGGGCGGCCGUGUUCUUCGGCUGCACCUUCAUCGCCUUCGGGCCGGCCUUGGCCCUCUGCCUGCUCACCGUGGCCGGGGACCCCCUGCGCGUCAUCAUCCUGGUGGCCGGGGCCUUUUUCUGGCUGGUCUCUCUCCUCCUGGCUUCUUCCAUCUGGUUUAUUUCGGUGCAUCUGAGCGACCGAGAAGACGGGCGUCUGCAGCAUGGCCUCCUGAUGUUCGGGGCGGCGGUGUCGGUGUUGCUGCAGGAAGCCUUCCGUUUUGGCUACUUCAAGCUACUCAAGAAAGCUGACGAGGGGCUGGUCACCAUCAGCGAAGACGGGCGCUCUCCCAUCUCAAUCAAACAGAUGGCGUAUGUGUCGGGCCUCUCCUUCGGGAUCAUCAGUGGCAUCUUUUCGGUCAUCAACAUCCUUGCAGAUUCCAUCGGGCCGGGCACCGUAGGGAUCCAUGGGGAUUCUCCCCAUUACUUCAUCACGUCAGCCUUCCUCACCAUGGCGUUAGUUUUCUUGCACACGUUCUGGGGGACGAUUUUCUUCGACGCCUGCGAGAAAGGGCGCUACUGGAAGUUGGCUCUGGUGGUUGCCAGUCACCUGGUCACCUCCGGACUGACGUUCCUCAAUCCGUGUUACGAGGCCAGCCUCAUCCCCAUCUUCUUCAUCACGUUCUCCACGGGGGUGUGGGCCUUUUUCACGGCCGGAGGCUCCCUGGGAAGCAUCCUCGCCUGCCUCUCCUGCCGGCGGAAAGAGGAGGACCACAUCAUGGUGUACUCCGCGCUGCAACUCCCCGUUGAGGACUGAAUCGCCCCUUUUGGCCUCCGGAUACCAGGACGCUUCGAAGAGAAGACGAUCACCCAAGUGCCCUCUCUUCUUGGCAGCUGUAAAUGGCGUACUUUUGAGCUCUUGUCUCCCCCUCUCUCUGCCUCCGUUGAUGGCAGGACUGGCAUCAACGCCGCAGGAAUUCCUCGGCUCUUGGAUUUCAGGACAAGGCCCCCGCCUUGCAGUUGGGAAUUUCAAUUUUUCCUCUGGUGUGUGUGUAUGCGUGACGUUUGUGUUUGUGUUUCCUUCUCGCAUCUGUCCGGGAAGAUGGAAAUGUCGCUUCACCUCCAACGAUCCCUUGUCUUUGCUAGAGGAAGAGGCUGAAGCGAGGCCGAAGCGAGGCCGCAGCCCCGAUCCCUCCUAACUUACACUCCGUCAGAUGGAUGAUUCCUGGAGGUGCUGAGAGUGGCGGCCUCUUCGUACGCCAGCUUGGGAUGCAGCGCGCUGCAUUUCUUGGACUCGUGGCCUUGGCAGAAAUGAUUUUCAGUCGGCCAUGCCCGGGCGAAGACCCUGUCCCCUGGUCGGCAACUAUUUUGGCCGGAAAGGAGAGCAGGCCUAGUGGGCCAAGCACCUUCCCUCCCCGAGAGGACGGCAAGCAAGCCUAGUGGUCUCAACUGCCACUCCUUUUCCCUUUUCCCUCUGAACUGGGAGCUAGUUCAGCAGCCUGGAUUGGGCCCCGGGGCUGACCCUAUUCUGGUCCAUGUCAGUUCUUGCCCCACUUUGAGCAUUUUGAAGAGUGCACCUUUCCCCCCGUCCUGUAGAGCUUUUCCCCCCAGUCUUGAUCCGCUGCUCCCGAGUAAUCCCAGCGCACAUCUCAACCCCAAUUCCUCCUGCCCAUUUUCAGGUUGGAGAGAUUAUCCGGUUUUUGCAGGCCAAACUAGAACCUCUCCUCCCUGACAUGUGUAUGUGUGUGUUCAGUGUUGUUUUUUACUGUCCGGCCCUCACCACUGGCUGUUGUGGCUCAUGGGAGUUGUAGUCCACUCUCCACAUCCGGAAAAACACAAGUUGCCCACCAGAAGAUGGCGAGCGUGUAAGGCUGCAUUCCAGAUGUGUCGGGACUACAAUUCCCAUCAUCACUGGGCUCGCAACCAGCUUCCCUGGAAUGUUGUUUUGUUGGUUGGUUUGUUUUUGACUCUCCAGCUAGACUUGAACUCAAGUUAUUUGGCUGAAAGCUUGUGUUUUUUAAUUAACGUUCUUUGCUCCCUGAUGUUCCUGAGAACACACCGGUGACGUGUCCGAGCACCGUAGCCCUUGACGGUUCUCUCUCUCUCUCUUUUUUAAUGUUUUCGCUCUGUCUCCUUUUGCUCUGUGCUGUCGGUGACUCGGCCAAGCCACGAUCCCAACGGGCGUAUGCCCCCUCUUUUCUUGUGGACGUUACCGCAUCUGGGUGGCAAAUGAAGUUCGCCCCAUAGAGAGCGAAGGGGCACCCCUAAUUGCCUCCUGGCCAUUCCAACAGGAAAUGGCAGGUGCCGCUCUUGCGCCCCUUCUCAACUCUAUGGUUGCUUCUGCCAUUGGCCAACCGGCGGCGCCUCCAGUAGGAAAUGACCUAAGCAGCGCCCGGUAGUAGCCCCCUCUUCUGGCUAGAAAGUGCCACUGCAUCUACAUUAAUGGACUAUUUCUCUCCCUCCCCCCCCCCCCUUCUUGUCAUAUGUGGGCAGGCACUAAAAUAGCUCUUUUGACAAAGCAGGAUAAAUACUGCAGGGUAGAACCAAUCAUUCCCGACCCCCGUCGGCGCAAUGAAUAAAAGGACUUCUCUCGUU